UUAGUCUGACUGGACUGGCACGACAGCACCACCUUGACAUUAGGAAAUAGGGGGAAAUCAAGAGAGAAAUUACAUUUGUGAAUAUAUUCCAUUGGUGAAUUUAGGACCAGAACCAAAGGAGUUACAAUUUCUAUAUUUGGCUGAUUUGCGUUGAUGACUUUUGGAGCUAGGAGAUUAUUUCAGCUGGUCGGACACAAUGGAGAGGAGUCGCCGUUGGCGUUCCGAGGCCCUGGGAAUCUUCAAGCAGCUGGAGCCCAAGGACGCUGAAGACCCAAGAGAAUACUGUUAUGGAGGCUACCAUCCUGUACAGAUAGAUGACACAUUGAACAGAAGAUACAAGGUGCUCUCCAAGCUUGGCUGGGGUUACUUCUCCACUGUGUGGCACUGCCUUGAUCUAAUACGGGACCAGAGUGUCGCAGUGAAAGUUCUGAAGAGUGGACCGGGUUUUUCUCAGUCAGGACAGGAUGAACUCUCUCUCCUAAGAUGUACUGCUGGUCCGUUAAGCUGACAUCCACACAGUCAAAGGAUUGUUCAUCUGCUGGAUGAGUUCAAGCUGGCUGGAGACAACGGAAUCCACACGUGUCUGGUACUGGAGCUGCUCGGACCAAACCUGAGAAGCUUGCAGCUGCACUCUGGAAAUUCCCGAAUUUUGCAGCCAUUUGUGAAAACAAUACUCACUCAGGUACUUCAGGGUUUGGAUUACCUUCACAGUCAGUGUAAAAUCAUCCACGCAGACAUCAAACCUGAGAACAUACUGCUGUGUCCAAAAAAGCAGUUUCACGCCAUGUCAGCGUGUGUCAGCAGUGUGUGCUGCAUUCCAACUGCAGACGAGACCAAGUCUGAAGGCACAGGAAAAGAGGAUCUUAGCCUGCUUUUGUUAAAAGAAACAACAGUGAAGAUUGCAGACCUCGGUAGUUCAUGCUGGGUGUACAAACAUUUCUGUGAAGAGAUCCAAACACGUCAAUAUCGUUCAUUGGAGGUUUUACUGGGGUCCGAGUACGGCCCACCAGCAGACAUCUGGAGCGUCGCCUGCAUGGCCUUUGAGUUGCUCACAGGAGACUCUCUGUUUGAACCUAGACCAGGCACCUCCUUCUCCUUGGAGGAAGAUCACAUAACCCAGAUCAUGGAACUGCUUGGUAAAAUUCCACCAGUCAUCGCUUUGUCUGGAAAAUACUCUGCAGACUACUUCACUCAUCAAGGCAUCCUGCGGCGUGUUGGACCACUGCGGAACUGGAGACUGUAUGACAUCCUGGUGGAGAAAUACCACUUCCUCUUGGAUGAGGCUUGCACUUUCUCUAAUUUCUUACUUAAUAUGUUGGAUUAUUACCCAAAGAGGAGGGCCACUGCAGCACAGUGUCUCCUCCAUCCUUGGCUGAUCUCCUGACAUAACUCAUUUGAAGCCCCUGUCAAUUCUUCCACUAGCUAAGAUUUUUCUAAAUCUGAUGUUGUGUACUAAUAACUUUCAAAGAAUGCUAAAAAUACAAGAAGACUCAAACCGGCAUUUGUUGUGGCAAUUUUUAAAU